CCCAAUCGCGGCGCGCGUUCGGUCCCGCUGGUGGCUGGCGCGGGGAGAGGUGGCGGCGGGCACCAUGGCCGAGGGGCCGCAGUCCCCCGGCGGCGCCGUGUGCCCGACCGCCUACCCCGACGCCCCCGCGGAAUUCCCCCCUCACCUCCAGGCCGGCGCGAUGCGGCGCCGCUUCUGGGGAGUGUUCAACUGCCUGUGCGCCGGCGCGUUCGGGGCCCUGGCCGCCGCCUCCGCCAAGCUGGCCUUCGGCAGCGAGGUGAACAUGGCCUUCUGCAUCUUAGGCGUCAUCAUGAUGGCGACCACCAAUUCUCUGAUGUGGACGUUCUUUAGCCGGGGCCUCAGUUUCUCCAUGUCUUCGGCCAUUGCGUCCGUCACGGUGACAUUUUCAAACAUCCUCAGCUCGGCCUUCCUGGGUUUUGUGUUGUAUGGAGAGUGCCAGGAGGUCUUGUGGUGGGGAGGCGUGUUCCUCAUCCUCUGCGGACUCAGCCUGAUCCACAGGAAGCUGCCCCCCAGCGGGAAGGCCACCGCCGAACGCAAGCAGCAGUAACAGCAGGUGCCGGGGGGACCCGCCAGAGAGACAGCACAGCGGCCCGGGUGCGGGAUGGCGUGUGGGGACCACCUCCCGGGCCUUCUGACCAUUGGCCAGGUGGAGAUGUUCCUGAGGGAAAUGGGCCCCUGACCCAGCAGGCUCGAGGGUGGCCCGCCGCAGCUUCUGGAAGGGGAAGGACAGGCGCACGCGUGUUCGGCCUGAAGCCUUCUCGAUACACAUGGGUGGUGCUUUCAAUGCUCACAACCCUGACCCCCACCCCAGUGCCCCGUGGCAGACGCUGGAGAUCCCGGGGUCGGUCUGCGGGGUGUUGGGCCUCGAGACCGCGCUGUAAUUGCAAUCCUGUGGCCGGACGGAGGGCCGGCAGGUGACACGGGGGUGCGUUCCGGGGGAGCUUUCCGACACCUCCACGUGGCUGGACCGGGGUACCUGCGUCAUGCUUCUGCAGUUCAGCGAGGGAAGGGAAGCUGGAUUAAUAAAUCUUUUGGUUUGUAAGUGAAAA